AAAAUGAAAAAUGAAAAACCCUCGUCCCCUCCCGCUUACAGAGUCUUAAACCCUCCACCUGUUUGGGUGGAUAGCUCUCUUCCUUUCUCUCAAUGGCUUCUCUCUCCUUCACACAAUUUCUCUCUCUACCCAGGUGGCACUCAAAUUGGCCCCUUUACACAUCAUUGAACUUGAUGCAAAUUCAGGAUAUUCGACUGCAGAAUAGAUGGGAACUUACAGCUGUGUCUAAGAAAAAAAUUGUGGAGUCCUUGGCAGUAACUGAAGAACCAGUUGUUGUAAAGAAGAAAUCCAAACAAUCUCCUACACGAAGUAGAAAAAAGGCAGUACCUGACACCCCAGAGGAGAAUUCUGAGUUGUCAGUGAAGAGUGAUGUUACAGAAGUGGUAGUCAAUACUCCAUCUGCAUCAAGUGACGAUUCCAAGAAAACCCCACGAAGGACUCGAAGGAAAGCUGCCUCUAGUUCUACUGGCAUCGUGGAAGAGAGAAUUGAGAAGAAGGUGAGGACACGGAGGAAGACUACAAAGAAGGUUGACAACAUAGAAGAUCAAGGUGGUGAGACUGACCUUAGUGAUCACGAAGGUUCCACAUUCACUGCAAAGGUGGAGGAUGAAGAGGAGGAAGACCUAGAUCUUGGAAAAGAUGAUGAAGAUAUUAGCUCCACAUAUGGUUGGCCUCCUCUUGUUUGUUGCUUUGGAGCUGCUCAACAUGCUUUUGUGCCAUCAGGAAGACCAGCCAACAGACUUAUAGACUAUGAAAUCCAUGAAAGAAUGAAGGAUACAUUUUGGAACCCAGAAAAAUUUGUUCGGGCUCCUGGUGGAUCUGCAGGUAGUGUUGCAGUAGCUCUUGCAAGCUUAGGUGGUAAGGUAGCCUUCAUGGGAAAACUCGGGGAUGAUGACUUCGGUCAGACUAUGCUAUAUUAUAUGAAUGUGAGCAAUGUUCAAACUCGAUCUGUUUGUAUUGAUGGUAAAAAGGCAACAGCAGUAUCACAAAUGAAGAUUGGAAGGAGGGGGGGCUUGAAAAUGACUUGUGUCAAACCAUGUGCUGAGGAUUCUUUGUCAAGGUCUGAGAUCAAUAUUGAUGUGCUGAGGGAGGCAAAGAUGUUCUACUUCAACACAUCAUCCCUGCUUGAUCAGAACAUGGCAUCAACAACAUUCCGUGCAAUCAAAAUUUCUAAGAAACUAGGAGGGGUUAUCUUUUAUGAUCUAAAUCUUCCGUUGCCACUCUGGCAAUCUGGUCAAGAAACCAAGAAGUUCAUACAGCAAGCAUGGAAUCUUGCAGAUAUUAUUGAGGUUACCAAGCAAGAACUUGAAUUUCUAUGUGGGAUCAAGUCCACUGAGAAUUUUGACACCAAGGAUAACAACAAUUCUAAGUUUGUUCAUUAUGAUCCAGUAGUGGUUGGACCUCUUUGGCAUGAGAAUCUCAAGGUUUUGUUUGUAACAAAUGGGACUUCUAAGAUUCAUUUCUAUACUAAGGAGGAAAAUGGUGCAGUUCAUGGGAUGGAGGAUGCACCCAUUACACCUUUCACUUGUGACAUGUCUGCAUCUGGAGAUGGUAUUGUCGCAGGUCUCAUGAGGAUGUUAACAGUGCAGCCGCAUCUCAUCACUGAUAAGGGAUACUUGGAGCAUUCAAUCAGGUAUGCCAUCGAUUGUGGAGUUAUAGACCAAUGGUUACUUGCACGACAACGUGGCUACCCUCCUAAAGAAGAUAUGGAAGAAGAAGUGGUCCCUGAUCAAGAUGGUAUAAGAUCGAUAACAGAGAAGGAAUACCGCACAUUAGCACCUGUAAGUUGAUUAAGAUGGUCUCACUGUUCUCAUGUAGCUGAUUGCAUUCUAGGUGCCUAAUGUGCCUUUGGGAGGCAGGGAUCUUUCCAUCCUCUGUAAAUUAAAGCCAGCCUGAGUUGUUUUCCUUUUCCCCUUAUCUUCUUUUCUCAGAUAGGGUUUCAUGGAUGUGGCUUCCACUUUUGUAACGCCAAUUUUGAUUUGUCACAAUAGCACCUGUGACUCAGGCAUGAGUAAUUGAAAACUUACAGAUUCCAGCGCACUGA